CCAGGCCAAUAAAAGGAAACCACCUGGGAGUCCUCAACCUCUUUCUUCACUUGUGGAGACUGACUCGUUCCUCUCUAGAACAUACUCUCACUUCGUAUAGGUCCCUUCUCUGCAGUAAAAGCCAUUUGUGUGGAAUUGCUUCCUGUCUGUGGUCACUUCAUCACACCAGCCCUGUUUGUGAAUUUUUCAAGCAAGGAGCCAAAGAACCAGGACAACAGUCCACCAAGAGGCCGGACCUGACAAGAAUACAGUCUAUAAGUGGCCUCUAAGCUCCUUCCAAUCAGGGACGCACACGGCUCACAGGUCUUUGGAUCUCAGGAACCCAGCACAGUGCUAAGCACGGAGUACUGACUCAGUCGGUUCCCGAUUCUGGUCCCCGGCCCCCAGCAGCGCCUGCCCCCUUCCCACCGGGGCCCCCCAUGAUGCCACCACCCUUCAUGCCCCCUCCAGGGAUCCCCCCACCCUUUCCUCCGAUGGGGCUACCCCCCCUGAGUCAGAGACCACCAGCCAUCCCCCCCAUGCCACCUGGCAUCCUGCCCCCUAUGCUUCCACCAAUGGGGGCGCCACCUCCACUCACACAGAUACCAGGAAUGGUACCUCCGAUGAUGCCAGGAAUGCUAAUGCCAGCAGUGCCUGUCACCGCAGCGACGGCUCCAGGUGCGGACACCGCCAGCUCUGCUGUGGCUGGGACAGGCCUUCCGAGGGCCCUAUGGAGUGAGCAUGUGGCCCCUGAUGGGCGCAUCUACUACUACAAUGCUGACGACAAGCAGUCCGUGUGGGAGAAGCCCAGCGUGCUCAAGUCCAAGGCGGAGCUGCUGCUGUCCCAGUGUCCCUGGAAAGAAUACAAGUCGGACACAGGCAAACCUUACUACUAUAACAACCAGAGUAAGGAAUCCCGCUGGACCCGACCCAAGGAUCUGGAUGACCUGGAGGCUCUAGUCAAACAGGAGGCUGCAGGGAAGCAGCAGCAGCCACAGCCACUACAGCCACAGCCUCCUCAGCCACAGCCCGACCCCCCACCUGUACCUCCUGGCCCCACCCCAGUGCCCACAGGCCUCUUGGAACCUGAGCCAGGCGGGAGUGAAGACUGUGAUGUGUCAGAGGCUCCUCAGCCCCUGGAGCAGGGGUUCCUGCAGCAGCUGGAGGAGGGCCCCAGCAGUUCUGCUGGACAGCAUCAGCCACAGCAGGAGGAGGAGGAAUCAAAGCCAGAACCAGAGAGGUCUGGCCUCAGUUGGAGCAACCGGGAGAAGGCAAAACAGGCGUUCAAGGAGCUGCUGAGGGACAAGGCUGUCCCCUCCAAUGCCUCAUGGGAACAGGCCAUGAAGAUGGUGGUCACUGACCCCCGUUACAGUGCCUUACCCAAACUGAGUGAGAAGAAGCAAGCAUUCAAUGCCUACAAGGCGCAGCGGGAGAAGGAGGAGAAGGAAGAGGCCCGGCUGAGGGCCAAGGAGGCCAAGCAGACCCUGCAGCACUUCCUGGAGCAGCACGAACGCAUGACCUCCACCACCCGCUACCGGCGGGCAGAACAGACCUUUGGAGAGCUAGAGGUCUGGGCUGUGGUCCCUGAGAGGGAUCGAAAAGAGGUUUAUGAUGAUGUCCUCUUCUUCCUGGCCAAGAAGGAAAAGGAACAGGCCAAGCAGCUCCGACGCCGCAACAUCCAGGCCCUGAAGAGCAUCCUGGAUGGGAUGAGUAGUGUCACCUUCCAAACCACGUGGUCCCAGGCCCAGCAGUACCUCAUGGAUAACCCCAGCUUUGCUCAGGACCAUCAGCUGCAGAACAUGGACAAGGAAGAUGCCCUGAUCUGCUUUGAGGAGCACAUCCGAGCUUUGGAGAGGGAGGAGGAGGAGGAGCGAGAGCGGGCUCGGCUUCGGGAGCGUCGCCAGCAACGCAAGAACAGGGAGGCCUUUCAGACCUUCCUGGACGAGCUGCAUGAGACCGGGCAGCUGCACUCUAUGUCCACCUGGAUGGAGCUCUACCCAGCGGUCAGCACUGAUGUCCGCUUUGCCAACAUGCUGGGCCAGCCGGGUAAGGCAGCCAGGCUCCCCCUUCUCUGGCCUGGCUUCCUGCCCUGCCAGCCUCUCUGCGCCCCUCCUUCCUGGUCCUGUUCUCGGCCCCAACCCCAGGCCUUGGGAAGCUGCCGCCCGCCAGGCCCCCCUCCCUCCCUCCCUGCAGGCUCCACCCCUCUGGACUUGUUCAAGUUCUAUGUAGAGGAGUUGAAGGCACGAUUCCAUGAUGAGAAGAAGAUCAUUAAGGACAUCCUUAAGGACCGGGGCUUCUGCGUGGAGGUGAACACAGCCUUUGAGGACUUCGCCCACGUCAUAAGCUUUGACAAGAGGGCUGCUGCGCUGGACGCAGGCAACAUCAAGCUGACCUUCAAUAGUCUGCUGGAGAAAGCAGAGGCAUGGGAGAGGGAGCGGGAGAAGGAGGAGGCACGAAGGAUGCGGCGCAGGGAAGCUGCCUUUCGAAGCAUGCUGAGGCAGGCCGUGCCUGCUCUGGAGCUAGGCACUACCUGGGAAGAGGUCCGUGAGCGCUUUGUGUGCGACUCAGCCUUUGAGCAGAUCACCCUGGAGUCGGAACGGAUCCGGCUCUUCCGGGAAUUUCUCCAGGUGCUGGAGCAGACUGAAUGCCAGCACCUCCACACAAAAGGCCGAAAGCACGGCAGGAAGGGCAAGAAGCACCAUCGCAAGCGUUCCCACUCACCCUCAGGCUCUGAGUCGGAAGAGGAGGAGCUGCCCCCACCAUCUCUCCGGCCCCCCAAGCGGAGGAGGCGGAACCCCUCGGAGUCAGGCUCUGAGCCCUCUUCCUCACUUGAUUCGGUUGAAAGUGGGGGUGCUGCCCUUGGAGGACGGGGCUCCCCUUCCUCCCACCUUAUCCUUGGAUCAGAUCAUGGCCUUCGGAAAGCCAAGAAACCAAAAAAGAAAACUAAAAAGAGAAGACACAAGUCGAACAGCCCUGAGAGUGAGACAGACCCCGAGGAGAAAGCUGGCAAGGACAGUGAUGAGAAAGAACAGGAACAGGACAAGGACAGGGAGCUCCGGCACACAGAGCUCCCUAACCGUUCCCCAGGCUUUGGCAUCAAGAAGGAGAAGACGGGCUGGGACACGUCGGAAAGCGAGCUGAGCGAGGGCGAGCUGGAGCGGCGGCGGCGCACACUCUUACAGCAGCUGGAUGAUCACCAGUGACCAACACACUGCUGUCUGCCUUGGGUCUGCGUGCGGCCGUGGCUCCUGGGCCACCCUCGCUGUCUCCCUCAGACUUCUUCCGUAGUCUGGUCUGUGUUCACGUUUCCUAAAGUAGCCCCACGCCCAGCGCACCACUGUUGGCACCUCUCGAGGUUGCUCCUGGUGUUCAAGGGUUCCCUCUUCCCCGGACAGCUAGCGCAGUCCUCGCCCUCAGCCCCAGACCAGAGACGGGUGGUACAUGCCAUAUGAGGUGGGUGACGCCAGUAGAUGAAGUGUGAGAGAAGGGGUAUCCAGGGAAGAGUGAUGGGUUGGUGGACACAGCCUGGGUGGCAGAGGGCAGAGUCCUCACCCUCUAGCAUCAGUGCCUGCUCCUGCCCGCCGGCUCCACCACUUGUUCCUCCUGCCCAGGACCCAGUAUAUGUGUGUUUUGUUUUGUUUUUGUUUUUUAAAUAACGAUAUUUAUAACAUGG